AUGGGCAUCCAAGGUCUAUUACCCCUCCUCAAGUCAAUCCAACAACAGGUCAAACUUUCAGACCUUUCUGGCAAAACUCUGGCCGUCGACGGUUAUGUUUGGCUGCACAAAGGCGCGUAUGGUUCCAUCAAGUUUGACGCGCCAGCUGGCUCGUGGUCAUCGCCCAGAGCUCUCAUGCUGAUCCACGAGGCUAGGUACAUUGACUAUGCCAUGCAUCGUAUUCGACUGCUCCGCUACUAUGGCAUCGAACCGUAUUUAGUCUUUGACGGCGGGCCUUUGCCGGCCAAAGAGGGGACGGAACUUGAGCGACGAAAAAACCGAGAAGAAUCUCUCGCAAAGGCCAAGCAGUUGGCGUCUCGGGGACGACAUAGCGAAGCCCGCGACCUCUACGCCAGAUGCGUCGAUAUCAGUCCAAAACAUGCUUUUCAACUCAUCAAGGCUCUCCGGGCAGAGUCUGUCGCAUACGUCGUCGCUCCAUACGAAGCCGAUGCUCAGCUCGCAUACCUCGAAAGAUCUGGUAUAGUCCAGGGUAUUCUUACCGAGGACUCUGACCUGCUCGUCUUUGGCUGCCAAAAUGUCUAUUUCAAGCUCGACACCUCAACUUACACAGUCGCCCAUAUCGCCCGCGCUAAAUUCUCCCAAGUGACGGAUAUCAACCUAGCGCUGUGGACCGACACAGAGUUUCGGCACAUGGCUAUGAUGAGCGGGUGCGACUACCUCGAGGGGCUUAAGGGUAUUGGAGUUCGAACGGCUAACAAGCUACUCCGAAAGUACAAGUCUCUCGAACGCGUCCUCAAGUUUAUUGCUCUAGAGAGCAAGACUGCUCGUGUCCCAAAGGGCUACCUCGAGGCGUUUCGAAAGGCCGAAUUGGCUUUUCUAUACCAACGAGUGUAUGACUCUACGCAAAAGCGACUAGUUCACCUCGUGGAGCCUCCAUCUACUGGAUUAUCGGAAGAAGACGACCUGUUCGUCGGGCGAGAGCUACCUCUUGAUCUGGCGCAAAAUAUCGCAACGGGCGACUACUGCCCACUAUCCCAUGAGCCAAUCGUUGACAUUAAUCCAUCCUUCCAGCCGGAUGCUCGCAAUAAGCGAAACAGCGUGGCGACGUUUGCCAACGCAAAGCCGGUGGUCAAAUCUGGUCCGAUGGACCGCUUCCUCGUGGCGAAGCCAAAGGAUUCGCUACAAAGGGAAACCACGUCGAUCACUACUGCUUCAUUAUCCAAUUUCAAUACAAAGGCAAGUGGUACUCGGUCUCUCUCAAGUGAGAUGGAGAGGAUCGAGGAUGUUCGCGCCCGGCGGAGAGACAGUAUCAAGAAGGCAUUGAAUACCAUAACGUCGCCAACUAUCAGCAGUCGAUUCUUCUCCACCUCUGCGCCAGUCCCCACAACUCUCCCAGAUGCGCGACCCACAUCUGCGGAGAAUCAUUCCGAGUGCAAGGAGCAGGAGAGCACCGAUGAAGGUGCACAGAGCGGGACGCUUAUUCUUGAGAUUAACGGCGAGGAGCUUGAGCUAUUAGAGUUUGCGUUCGAACCAGAGGACACGGUCGACCAAGAAGAGGGGUAUCGGUCUCCUUCCCCUUCUCUGUCGAUCGACGAAGUCUCUUCGAUCGCCUCGCUCGAAGAUGCGAAGCCGGCCAAGCGAGAAGGGCAGGAUGGGGAUGAUGAAGACGGAUGGGGAGAGGAGGACGAUAUUCCUAGUCCGGUCAAGCCGUCUCGAGCCUUGACCAAAGUUCUGUCCAUAUCGUCUACCAACGACGGUACAGCGAGCGCGGAAGAACCUUCGACCCUACCGGAUAUCGAAACGCAGAGCCCGACUGACACGAGCAGCCUCGUUUUAGCUCCUAGCCUACAAGACUUCUUUGCGUCUUUUGAGUCAGCGAGUAGAGAAUGUCUGCCCAAAUCUGUCACGACGCCUACCACGAAGCAAGAUACAAUCCAGGCGGAGCAGACGGCCACGUCUCCUAUCAAAGAAUUUGCUCCAGAGACCGAUAUCGAUGCGGUGGCAGAGAGCGACUAUGAUCGAUCGGAAACUGAAAGAGACGAGGAGCAAGUACGCAAAGAGACGACUAUAGCGCUUGCCUGGAGAAAGCGCUUUUCGUUUGCUGGACCGAGUGAUGUUAAGGGAGCCAUGCUUUCGCGUAAACAGACAACCCUUUCAGCCAUCGCACAGCGAAGGCAACGUGACUCGUCACCAGAUUCUAGUCAACGAAGUCGAUCAAAGGGACCCCUACAACCGCUUAACGCCCCAGUCCCCUCGAAGAAGACGCCUGUCCCGAGAAAAUCAGAACCGCUAUUGGCGCCUACGCGUCCUUCGCCUUUUGGUUCUUCGGCAAGAGAUGAUAUCGAGAAGUCGGAUGAUGAAGAGCACGAUGAUGAUGCAAGAAUCAGGAAGCGACGACGGAUUUCUGUGCCUUUGAAGAGUGAGCCAGUUGCGUUGCGUCUUGUUGACGAGGAAGAAAUCGUUGCUCGCUCGAAGAGUCGUUUGCAGUCGUUUAGAUUUAUGGCCGAUUUGUCGUAA